AUGCCCGUGUUGUACUGACAGGAACGAUACGGGCUGAGCAGACAUGGAGGCCCGAUUAAUGAGUGAGGCUCAUUCCGACACGUCUCGGCUCAGCUAACAUUGUCUCGGAACGGAGUCCGAUUGUGCCUGGAGAUAUCACGGAUACCAAUUACUUUGGAACAUAAAUACUGUGGCCACCAUGUUGAUACGCACCAAGGGAGGAUUUCGAGCCAAAUAAUGUGAACGCCGUCUUUGGACUCAGAUUAAGUUGAAGGAAGGAGAGAGAGGGCUGGAUAGACAGGAAGGAAAGAACGCCACCAUCAAACAAGGAUUACUUUUCCCUUUCACCGUUAUCCCCCCCUCCCCUCUUCCCCUUUGCCCCUAUCCCAUCUCCUUCUGGGACACUGCUUUCCCUAAAAACUGUACCUGGUAUCCAAAACAUCCCUCCCUAGUCACCCCUCACCCCCUCAAUCUCUGAUGGAUCAGAGGAUUCAGGGGGGACCUGCGACUCCACCCCCCCUCGCCAACACAGCCCCACCAGGGGAGCGAGAGAAGGAAGGAGGGGGUGGAAAGAAAGACGAGGAAGAGGAGAAAAAGAAGGAGAAGGAGAGAGAGGGCUCCCAGACCGAGUGUGGGGCUGGAGGAGGAGCCUCGACGGACCAGCAGCAGUCUCCCCAGUUCUCCGUCAAGGAGACCAGCUUCUCCGAGGGCAAUGUCAAGCUUAAGAUCGGCCUGCAGGCCAAGCGCAUGAAGAAGCCGCCCAAGAUCUUGGAGAACUAUGUGUGUCGUCCGGCCUUCAGAGCCACCGUCAGGCACAGCGGCGAGGGGGGCGGCCGCGGAGGCGGGGCCCGUGGAGGAGGGACCGGAGACGGGAGCCACCAAACUCCGAGCCCUCCUCAUGGACGGGACAGGGAGCAGAGUCCCUGCAUGAGCAGACCCGCCCCGCCAUCCUCUUCCCUCGCCGCCACUCCUGCAGCCCCUACACCUCCACCACCUGCUCCGACACCUCCCAGCACUAUGUCACCCUCCCCAGUGAAUGGGAGCGCUUCAGCUAAAAGGGGUCUUCCAAAGAUGGCUGGCAAGUCGGAGACGCAGAAGUCUGACACAAAAGCAGCGGCGUCGUUGGAGAGACCCCUCAAUCUUCACCGCCCCUCAGCGGACAGUAAAACACACCCCUCCGGCAAGAAAACGCCCACUCCUCAACCCAACGCUCAGACGUCCUCCUCCCCUCCCACCCCCACGCCACAGGAGGCCAGUUUCGAGGGCGUGCCCAAACCCCCACAGUACACCUACAGCGGCGAGAGUCAGAGGGAGAAAGAGAGGGCGACGUGUCCGACCUGGGGCACGCCCACCGUCACUGAGAAACUAGCCCAGCUCAUAGCCACUUGCCCGCCCUCCAAGUCCGCCAAGCCCAUCAAGCCCCCUAAGAUUGCCCCAUCUGCGGCGCACAGUAACUCAGGCUUCAUGGCACCCACACCCAAGCAGAGAGACCGAGCUCUGGCCAACAGAGCCACUUACUCCAGAGCGCUCCACCUUCCUCCACCACCUCCCGUGUCACGUCCUCCUGGCCGGCCAUACGGCUCAAGGAACAAAGACAGUGUUUCUGAAAAGCUCUCCACCCCACCCAGGAAGGAGGAGACAGAAGUGGUUGGUAAGUCCGGCAACAACAACAAUACCAACAUUAACACUCCAAACAACUACAACUCCAGUAACAGCAGUCGCAGCAGCAGCCCUGCGCUCACCUAUGGCAACAGCCGCCUAGCAACCACUUCAAAGGAGAACAAUGACAGCAGCAACAAUGGUGGCACCAAGCCAUCGCUGCCACAGGCCCGUCUCGGUCACUGCCCACUACACAGCACGUCCUCACCCUCUCGCAUGUCCUCGUCAGCCCCAGAGCAGAGGAUGGGAUCCGGUCACCAGGGCUCCCCUGCAUCCCAAACACACCAGGCCAGAGAGAACCCCUCCAAGGCUGAAGAGAGGGGGGAGAGGGAGAGGGAGCAGGACAGGGACAGGGACAGGGACAAAGACAGCCCUAGAGACUUAACCAAAAACCCUUCUCUAUCAGGAUCAGGGAAGCUAGAGGGGAAGGAGAAGGCGAGUCAGUCCCUCCUCAGAGUGGAAAGGGGGAAGAGCUCAAGCCCUAGUAAGCGUAGUCCUAACCGGGACAGGGACCGUGACAGGGAUCAGAACAGGGAUGGAGAGAGACAGCCCAGUGGGACCUCCAGUUCCCCUGUGUCAGUAAGAUGCACUUCCUCACCACCAGAGGCCGCUGAGGACAGUUCUCCACUUCCCCUCAGGGACGAGUCACCUGACUCGUCUCAAGACUCCCCACCAGAGCAGGACAGCAAACCCCUGAAGAAGCGCAGGGGCAGGAAACCCCGUUGGACAAGAGUAGUCAACAGGAAUCCGAGGAUGGGCCAGGGCAGCCCUUCAGACCAGUGCAAAACCACCAUGCCUUUAUCCUCCAGCCUGGAUACACCCCCGCCCAUACGCAGGCCCGUUGGACGGCCCCCAAACCCAAAUAAAGUACACCCUGCCGCAUCUCAGCUCUUUCCACCCAGGAAGAGGGGGAGGCCUAAGUCUAAGAUGCCCAGGCUUGAUGCCCCACCCCGUGGACGUCCCCCCAACAAGCUGGUCCCUUCCAAAGUAUUCUCCUCGUUACUAAAGUCUAAAGAGGAGCAGGACCCCCCUGUGCUUCACCCUGAGGUGGACUUAAACCCUCCCAAACCCAUGCCCAGGAAGAGGGGGCGUCCAAAACGCCUACCCCCUACGUUGCCACAGGAGGGCCAGCCCCCAACCCUGGCUCCCGAGGCAGGAGAACGGUUCCGGAAUAAGGGAAAUGGGCAGCUGAUCAUGAAGACUAUCAUAGGCAAGAUCAACAAGAUGAAGAGUGUGAAACGCAAACGGAUCCUGAGUCAGAUCCUGCUCGGCCCGGGAUCAGGACCAGAACAGGACCCGGCCCGAGGGGCAUGCAGCGGGGUGGUGGGGUCGGUGGCGGCAGCCACCCAGUCCCUGUCUUCACUGGCAGCGUCCUUCGGAGGGAAACUUGGACCCCAGAUCAAUGUGAGCAAGAAGGGGACAAUCUACAUGGGGAAGAGGAGGGGCCGCAAACCCAAAGCAGCGACAAAUCCCUCAUCCGCCAAUCAGACGCCUCCACCCGAACCUUUUCUGUCCCCCAACACCACCUCCCCUCUCCACCACCACCACCACCACCCGUCCCAGUCCCACCAGCUCUCCGCCUCCGAGGUGUUCCCCUCCCCUUCGCUAUCCCAGUCCAGUGGGGGUCACAGUCCCGUCAGCGACGCCAGCUUCGUCGAGCCGGGGUCUGUGCACUUCCUGACACACCCACACUAUGGUCUCUCCCACCACAACCAUCACUCCUUCCCCUUCCCACCCCCCACUUUCUCCGCCCCUAACCCUCGCACCCUCGGCCCCCUGGGUAGCACCUCUUCCUUGGCGAUGGCCAACCAGAAAAAGUCCUCAUGCCGUGGCUAUCACCACCACCACCACCAUUACAGGCAGCACUAUCACUACCGCAAGCUCUCCCCUCCAAGGCCCCUGCACCCUACCUCCCCUGCCCCUCUCAGCGAGCUGAAGGAGGCCACGCCCUCGCCAGUCAGCGAAUCCCACAGCGAGGAGACAGUGCCCAGUGACAGCGGCAUAGGAACAGACAACAACAGCACGUCGGACCGAGGGGAGAAGGCCGGAGGACCCGGUGGGCUGGCGGGCGUGGUGGGUAUGCCACCGGGCAGCGGGGUACUGAUGCCCGGGGUCAUGGGAUCCGCCAUGGGAGCAGGACUGGGGCUCAACUCCCGGGGCAGACGGCGGCACUCGUCCUCCGUGCUGCUGGAGCACCCCUCCCCUACGCCAUCUCCGCUAGGUGCGAGGUCGUCUCCUGACCCAAGGAGACCCCACCCGGCCACCCCAGCCUCCUCUCUGGUGGGCCACAAGGAGAAACACAAGCACAAAUGCAAGCGCCGCAGCCACGGUUGCCCGGGAUACGACAAGCUGAAGAGGCAGAAGCGCAAACGGAAGAAGAAGUACCUGCAGCUGCGGUCUCGGCGCCAGGACCCGGACUUCCUGGCGGAGCUGGAUGAGAUAGUUGUGAGGCUAAGCGAGAUCAGGAUAGCGCACCGCACACCGGCACUCAGGCUGGGAAGCGGGCUAGGCAUGGCGGGGGCAGCAGGGAGGGUACCAGGGGUGGCUGGCCGGCCCGGCGGUGGCAUCGGAGGGGCAGGUGGUCCCCCUCCGCAUCACUACCUGCACAGGGACCUCCUGCCCACCAUUUUUAGGAUCAACUUCAGCGGAUACUACUCCCCCCACCCUGCCUACCCCUGCGACUCUCUGCACUAUGUCCGUAAGCCGGACCUGAAGAAGAAGCGCGGACGGCCCCCCAAGCUGAGGGAGUCCAUGUCUGAGAUGCCCUUCGUCCCUGGGCUGGGCUUCCCUCUGUCUAGCGGGGGUUUCUACCACCCCUCCUACAGCGUCCCCUACUCCUCUGGGCCUCUGGGGCUGGGCUACUACCGGGGCUACCCCCCAGCCAGUGCCCUCUACCCCCACCACCAGGCCCCCCACUCAGCCCCGUCACACCACUCGCACCACUCUUCGUCUUUUUCCCAGCCCCCUCCGGCCUCCUACAUGCACCACCACCACCCCUCGCACCUCCUCCUCAACCCCUCCAAGUUCCACAAGAAGAAACACAAGUUCCUGGGAGGGGGCCGCUCCCCCGUGCUUUACCCGGCCAUGUCGUCUGAGCUCUCCUUCAGCUGGCACCACAAACACAAACACCGACACAAGCAUCGCGAGCGCUGCGCCGAGGAGGAUGGCGAUGAGAGCGGGGCAGCGGCAGGAGGAGCCGGGAGCCGGGUCGGCGUGGCAGGGAUGCCGGAAGGUGGCGGGCCGGCGCGAGUGGAGCGUGUGGGCAGCAGUAGCGGAGGGAUGGCAGAGUCCUUGCAACGCUGUAGGUUCGGACGAGACUCCACCCCCACCGCUGGCGCCAACAAACAGGCUGCCACCCCUUCGGCCAACUCGCCCUCCUCGUCCUCUUCGUCUUCCGCGGACAGGUACAAGAGGAAAGAGAACACGCUGUCCUGCUUGGGCCCCUCCAGACUAGCGCUGGGCAGUGGGUCCAGGGGUCACCAUCCUGUCGAGUCCUGGUUCAGGAUGGGGACCGGUUCUGAGGCCGACUAUGCCAAGCUGUCCCGGAACCCGGCGGUGGGCCAGGGCGUGUUUGCUGACGGCCAGGCCGACGACCCUGCCGGCUGCUCGGACAGUGAGGAUGACGAAACCCUCACACCCACGGAGGAGCCGGAGGACCCCGGUUCCCAGGAACCCCCGCACCACACCAACCUGUUCGCCUCUGCCCUGACACGUACCUCAAUGAGGGGCGGACGGGGCCGGAAAGGAGGGGCCCCUGAGAGCGCCAGCUUCUCUCGCAUGGAAAGGACGCUGAUGAAAGAGCGCUCAACGUCCGCGGAGAGGAGGGAGACGGGUUCUGGGUCAGGUGUCCAGACACGAGGGGCCCACUCGGCCCCCGAGAGUCUUGAGUGCUCCCUCCUCCACCGCCAGCACCUUCACCACCAGCACCACCCACCUCUCUUCCACUCCCACGCCUCCCACUGCGGCCACACAUCCCCCUCCCCAGACUGCUGCCUGAACCCCUCCCCCCAGCACCAUGCCCACCGGGCUGGGCCCCCCAAGCACAGCCUGCACCACGUCAACAAGAUCCUGCGGGCCAAGAAGCUCCAGAGGCAGGCACGCACCGGCAACAACGUGGUGAAGAAGAGGGGGCCCGGACGCCCCAGGAAACACCCGCUGCCUUCCCCGCCCCCCUCGCCCCCGCCCCCUGCCGAGGCGGCCCCGCCCAGACACCGGGAGAGAGGGGGCUCAGGGGGCCGCACCUGGGACGGGGACACGGUGACGGAUGCCAUCGAGUCGGUGGUCCAGGGCCAGCGUAGGAGGGGCCAGAAGAGGAAGCACUGGGAUAGGGAGGGGGACGAAGAGGAGGAGGAGGAGGAGGAAGGAGAGGGGGAUGAAGGGGAGGAAGGAACGACGGACAGAGAGGAGAACCUCGGUGGUCUUGGCAUGAGGUCCAGAGCUGGGGGAGGAGCUGGAGGAGGAGGAGGAGGAGGAGGAGGAGGAGGAGGAGGAGGAGGAGGAGGAGGAGGAGGAGGAGGAGGAGGAGGAGGAGGAGGAGGAAGAGUCUGGCUCACCCAAGAUGAGAUGCACUGCUUUCGCAGUGCCCUGGAGGGGAAGCCGGAUGGGCCUGCCUCCCCUGAACGCCAAGAACCCGCCCCCACAGAGCAAGCGCCGCCCAUGCCUAUAACAACCCAACGGGAGAAGAGAGCAGCCAGGCCUCCAAAGAAGAAGUUCCAGAAGGCGGGACUCUACUCUGACGUGUACAAGACUGCAGAUCCACGCAGCCAGCUUCUGCAGCUCAAGAAGGAGAAGCUCGAGUAUGUACCUGGGGAACACGAGUAUGGCCUUUUUCCCGCCCCCAUCCACGUCGGGAAGUACCUGCGACAGAAACGCAUCGAUUUCCAGUUGCCUUACGACAUCUUGUGGCUGUGGAAACACGACCAGCUGUACAAGAGGCCUGAUGUGCCCCUUUAUAAAAAGAUCAGAUCAAAUGUGUAUGUGGACGUGAAGCCUCUCUCCGGGUACGAGACCACCACCUGUAACUGCAGGGCCCCUGAGGAGCAUGAAGAGAAAGGCUGCCUUGACGAGUGCCUGAACAGGAUGAGUUUUGCAGAGUGCUCCCCCAGCACCUGUCCCUGCAUGGAUCAGUGUGACAACCAGCACAUCCAGAGGCACGAGUGGGUGCAGUGCCUGGAGCGCUUCCGCGCCGAGGGCAAGGGCUGGGGCAUCCGCACCAAGGAGCCCCUGCGCUCGGGCCAGUUCAUCAUCGAGUACCUGGGAGAGGUGGUCAGCGAGCAUGAGUUCCGGAGUCGUAUGAUGGAGCAGUACUUCGCCCACAGUGGCCAGUACUGCCUGAACCUGGACAGCGGCAUGGUGAUCGACAGCUACCGUAUGGGCAACGAGGCCCGCUUCAUCAAUCACAGUUGCGAGCCCAAUUGCGAGAUGCAGAAGUGGUCUGUGAACGGGGUGUACAGGAUCGGACUGUUCGCCCUGAAGGACAUGAACAGCGGAACGGAGCUCACCUACGACUACAACUUCCACUCCUUCAACACAGAGGAGCAGCAAGUGUGUCAGUGUGGCUCCGAGGGCUGCCGGGGCAUCAUUGGAGGGAAGAGCCAGCGAAUCAACGGCCUGCCUGGCAAAGCGGGCGGAGCCAGGCGGCUGGGUCGACUCAAGGAGAAACGCAAAUCCAAGCACCAGCUCAAGAAACGAGAGGAGGAGUCAAGUGACAGCAGCAAGUUCUACCCUCACCUACUCAUGAAACCAAUGUCGAACAGAGAAAGGAACUUUGUUCUGAAGCACCGUGUGUUCCUGCUGAGGAACUGGGAGAAGAUGAGAGAGAAGCAGGAGCUGCUGAAGAGGGAAGGAGAGCGAGAGCGAGAGAGCAGCCUGUCCAUCUACACGCGCUGGGGCGGAGUCAUCCGCGACGACGGCAACAUCAAGUCAGACGUGUUCCUGACGCAGUUCUCGGCGCUGCAGACGUCCCGGUCGGUCCGCACGCGGAGGCUGGCGGCCGCCGAGGAGAACACGGAGGUCACGCGCACCGCUCGCCUCGCGCACAUCUUCAAGGAGAUCUGUGACAUGAUCACCAGCUACAAAGAUUCUGCUGGUCAGACCCUUGCUGCUCCCCUGGUCAACUUACCCUCAAGGAAGAGGAACUCGCAGUACUACGAGAAGGUGUCGGACCCACUGGACCUCAGCACCAUUGAGAAACAGAUCCUCACAGGCCAUUACAAGACCGUGGAGGCCUUCGACACGGACAUGCUUAAAGUGUUCCGCAACGCUGAGAAGUAUUACGGCCGCAAGUCGUCGGUGGGGCGCGACGUGUGCCGCCUGAGGAAGGCCUACUACAGCGCCCGCCACGAGGCCGCCGUCCAGAUCGACGAGAUCGUGGGCGAGACGGCGAGCGAGGCCGACAGCUCCGACUCCCAGGAGCGGGACCACGGGCACCACCACCCCCACCACGCAGGGGGCGGGCCGGGCGGCCACGACAAGGACGACGACGUGAUCCGCUGCAUCUGCGGCAUGUACAAGGAGGAGGGCCUGAUGAUCCAGUGUGAGAAGUGCCUGGUGUGGCAGCAUUUUGACUGCAUGCGCCUGGAGACGGAGGUGGAUCACUACCUGUGUGAGCAGUGUGAGCCCCGAACCGUGGACAGGGAAGUUCCCAUGCUGCCCCAGCCCAGCUAUGCCCAGUCCGGCUCCAUCUACUACAUAUGCCUGCUCAGAGAUGAGCUGCUGCUACACCAAGGUGACUGUGUGUACCUGAUGAGGGACAACAGGCGCACGCCAGAGGGACAGCCAGUCCGCCAGUCCUACCGCCUCCUGUCCCACGUCAACAGAGACAAGCUGGACAUCUUCCGCAUCGAAAAACUCUGGAAGAGUGAGAAGGGGGAGAGGUUUGCAUUCGGCCACCAUUACUUCCGGCCCCAUGAGACGCACCACUCUCCCUCCCGGCGGUUCUACCAGAAUGAGCUGUUCCGGAUGCCUCUGUACGAGAUCAUCCCCCUGGAGGCCGUGGUGGGGACCUGCUGCGUGCUCGACCUCUACACCUUCUGCAAGGGUCGACCGAAGGGAGUGAAGGAGCAGGACGUUUACAUCUGCGACUACCGCCUCGACAAGUCGGCCCACCUCUUCUACAAGAUCCACCGCAACCGCUAUCCCGUCUGCACCAAGCCCUAUGCCUUCAAUCACUUCUCCAAGAGGCUCGCCCCCAAGAGAGACUUCUCGCCGCACUACGUUCCUGACAACUACAAGAGGAACGGGGGGCGCUCGGCCUGGAAGAGCGAACGGCCCAAAGGGGUGGGAGGCUGUGAGGAGGAGGCUUCCCCUGGCGACAGGGCCGAUGACUUCCGCCCGGAAAACGAAGACGGACUGAGAGGGGAGGCCGACGCUGAGCCUGUGCCCGAGGACCCCACGCCCCCGCCCGUGCCACCCCAACAACCAAAGCCGGCAGAAACGGGGGAAGGAGAGGAGGAGGAGGAGGAAGAAGAGGAGAGCCGGGAAACGGAGGAACACAGGGAGCUGGAGGAAGGAGCGACAGAGAGGGGAGGGGAAAUGCUGGAGCUCCCGUCCUCUUCCUCGUCAUCUUCACCGCUGCACCAUGCAGGCCUGGGAAAGAGGGAGGCACAGAGAGACAGACUGAACAAGAUCCUGCUGGACCUGCUGCACAGAACACCCAGCAAGAAUGGUGAGGGAACAGCUAUAGAUGUCACCUAUCUCCUAGAGGAGGGUUCAGGGAGGCGGUUGCGCAGAAGGACGCUCGGAUUUGGGGAUUUUGUGGGGAGGAAAUGAUGUCGCCACACGCCGGGCCAGACGAGCCAGUGCCCCUCACAUUGUGUGGGAGUGCAAACACACAGAGAAGCCAGACUGUAGUAAUAGGAGAAGAUGCCAUUUCGAAAGACGGGGAGAGACCAAGAUGUCACCAAGAGAUGGGAGUUGACCACAGAGGGGACAUGCUCCUGAGACCCCCACCACCCUUAAGGCUCAACUCUCCCCCAGACCUGUACUCAAAUCUGUAACUGGACACAGCGAAACUGAGGAGCGGUUCAAAGCCCGUGAGUCCAGUGACGAUCAACGGUUUUUGGUUCACACUUCUCAGGGGAGAGGACCCAGACUUACUGAAGUACGAUGCAAAUGUGUUCCCUUUUUUUGUAAUUUUAUUUUAAUUUUUUUACAUAGGAUUAUGUAUGUACCCCAUGCACUUAAAUGCAUUGAACAAAGACGGCUUGUUCACUCGUGAAGGACGAUGGCUGAGGUGUUGCUAUGUCGACAAACAUGGCUAAAGGUGCGACCAUGAGUCAGUUCAUUUCAGUGAGUGGCGGAAAGGAGAAAACGUGGUACUGAGUGUGGCUGUAAGACACGGUCAUAGACUCUUAUGGACCUUUUUUUUCUUCCCCUUUUUUUUCUUUUUUUUUUUCUUAAGACCAUCAAUUGGGAAUGAGAAUACUGGAGACUGGCGCCCUCUAGUGGGACUGGGUGAUAAUUGGAGAACCUCAACGUUAGCCACAUGAGAACUGAACCUUCACAGAGAAGGCAUAGGAGUGACAUAGGAGGUGCAGUGUAUGCAUACACUGUGCAUACACUGCCGAUGAACUAGGAGAGAAGCUAGGAGGAGGUUGGUCAACUGCACUUUGGUACCAAGGAAAUCUUAAGCUCCCUGUUAUGUAUCAAUGAGACACUAACUCUCUUACAGUAUUGGAUGAUGCAGUCUGAAAAGCAAGUUUAUAAUAAGUAUCGUAUAUUAUCUUUUUCUGUCAAACUGUAGUAAAUACUUUUAGGAACAGUGAAGGACCGGAGAGUUGUGUUUGCUAGAGAGUGGCUGGUGUUUUUUGGGAAGAUAAGAGUGUUUGAGUGCUUAGUCAGUCAAAGUGUCUUGUUCAGUUCGUGAGGCAGUCAGCUUCGCCCCUCUUUCUAAAGUACCUGAUUCACCAGCUUAACUAAACCAGGCGGCGGAACACUGGCUCUUACUGUAACGCCUUAGAACGCCAUGGUCCUCGACUGCCUUGCGUGAGUGUGUGCGUGUGUGCGCACAUUUGUGUGUCUGUAUCUGCCAGAAUUCUUGAAGAUAUAAAAAAAUAAAAACAAAAAAAUUAAGGGCUCGAUGGCAAUUAACAGUUUAAAGAAAAUUAUGGAAACAAUAGGUAACAUGAAAUGUAUCGUGAUGGUCAUAUUUUCUUAUAUUCUGUGGGGUGGGGGUUAUAUCAGAAGGGAUGGAUUCUAGUUUUUUUCCUCUUAAUUGUGUUUCUGGUUGCCAUGGAGAAUGUUUUAAAUAACUUGUGAAAUUUGAUGAGAUUUUUCCUAAAGCCUCUGUGAAAAUGGGGCGGUCAGAGAGGUCCCAUCUAGAUAAAACUGACAUACAAAUGACAAGAAUGAGAAAGAGAGGGGGGAGGGGGGGGAGGAAGUUGUACAGUGCCAAGUUAUGUAUAUACAGACUGGGAUUACGUGAGAAAUGUCUCCAAAAGCAAUAUCUUGAUAAAGGAUUUUGUGUUAUUGUAUUGUACAGGACUCCACCCUAUAUGUAUUAUGAUUAUUAUAAUAUUAUAAUUUCUGCCAUUUGUAUUACUAUAAUCAAGACACUCAAGCUUGGAGGAGAAGGAAGUGGAGUUUUUGUCCUGUAAAUCGCACCACAACUGUCCUAACUGAAUGACAUAAAAACUUAAACAAAAGAGUUUUUGUUGCCUAAAAAUAAAUUGAUCUAAUGUACUGCAUGAGCAAGAGGAAUGUCGACCAGAUUUCAUAGAAGGCAUUGGGACACAUCAGUGACAUUGAAAGAACAUCUGUCACUGUAUUAAUAUUAAUAAUAAUAUUAUUUCUUUUUGAGGAGAAAUGUGCUCUUCGAUUUUUGCUGCAAAGUGUUGAACACUAAAAAAACAAACCAACAUAAAAAUGUUAUGAUAUUUUGAAAGAUGACAGAUGUAAGACUGUCAACUCAAUAUCAUGUUCUUACUUCUUUUUUUCUUUUCUUUUUCUCAAAAUACGGUUGUUUUUUUGUGAUAGCGGUCAUAAAUAUGAUGCUUGUACUUGUAUUUGUGUGUUUUGUGUGAUUUGUUUAGUUAUUUUUAGACAAUCACAAAAUAAGAUGCAAGCAUUGUAAAUGGCAGGCUGGCAGACAUUUUGUGAUGUGUACAGUUUGUCAAAAUUUCUUCCACUCGUUCAAAGUUUGUAAUUAUGAUUCUAAAGUCAUGAAAAUGCUGUUGGUUUUUACUUUUUGUUUUAUAUUCUAUUUGUUUUUUGUUUGUUUUUUAAUAAAAGCACUACAUUAUUGUGAAUAAUUUGGC